AUGGCGUCCACUGCGAUCGGGGACACCUGUGAUAGCCUCUUUGGGCCUGUAGUCAGGCAAUACAGUUGUCGUGGCGGGUUCGACUUUACAGUUCUAUUCGAAGCUUGGAUAUUCAAUAUUACCCCAGCAGCCUGUUUUCUCCUGCUGUUACCUAUCCGCCUAUUUCAGCUGUCCAGAGAGUCCUUGAAAGUAAAAUCUUCAUCAAUUCAUUUAGCGACGCUGGCUAUUGCAACAGUAUUGGCAGGAAUUCAAGUCGUCCUGCUUGUAUUUACUGCGACGCAGCACUACCCCGCACAAUAUGUGUCGCUUGCGGGUACUACCCUCAGCCUUAUAGUGGCCGUUUCCAUUGUCGUUCUGCUUCAUUUAGAGCACAGCCGAGCUGUUCGACCCUCGUUCCUCGCCUCUGCAUAUCUAUUUAUUACGGUGCUUCUAGACAUUGCGCGAGUACGUACCGCCUGGCUGUUACCAUAUGGUAGAGCAUACCCGGCCUGUCUCGCCGCGUCUCUGGCCACCAAGUUGCUCCUCCUGGUGUUGGCGAAUGUUGAAAAACGCAAAUGGUUAUUGCCGGCCGAAAAGGCUCAGUCUAUUGAGAGCACAAGCGGGCUCUUUAGUCGGGGAUUCUUUGCCUGGCUCAACGAAUUGUUGAGAAAAGGACACACCUUGUUGCUCACUGCCGAUACGCUACCUAACAUCCACGAGAAGCUAUCGUCUAGUGAUUUAUCGGACCGAUUUUCAAAGUCAUGGGCAUUGUGUGAUCAGGGUCGUCAACAUGCGUUGCUGCUAGCUAUCGUCAAUUGCCUUCGCUGGGAUAUUGCUGCUAUCGCUUUUCCUCGACUCGCCCUGAUAGGGUUCAACAUCGCGCAGCCAUUUCUAGUUGGCAAAACCGUCACAUUCCUCGGGCAGACUGAAUCUUCGUUGAAUAUUGGCUAUGGAUUGAUAGGAGCUAUUGCGAUUGUCUUUAUUGGAAUUGCUGUCACUACGGCAUCUUAUGAGCACCUAGGGUUCCGUGCUACGACUAUGGUCCGCGGUGGCCUUAUGUCUCUUGUAUAUCAGCACAUGAUGGAGCUACCACUGGGGAGCACCGAUGAGUCUAGUGCCAUGUCUCUCAUGGGCGCCGACGUUGAAAUGCUCGCAGAGUACUUCCACUCUACAGUGUGCGAAUCCUGGGCUUGCAUAAUACAGCUAGGACUGGCGGCCUGGAUCCUUCAGACUCAGAUCGGUGUUGUCUGUGUCACACCCAUUAUAAUUGCAGCAGCUUUUACUGCUGCUUCCUUUGCUAUGGGCAAUGCUGUGUCCGCUCGGCAGAAGACAUGGCUACAAGCUACAGAGAAGCGCAUCAAUUUCACCAGCCAUGUCCUCGGCUCAAUAAGAAAUGUGAAAUUUCUAGGGCUAACAGAGACUAUAAAGAAAUCCAUUUCAGACUUGAGGAUUGAAGAGCUUGAGAUUUCCAAGAGAUUCCGCCGGGUUCAAACCCUCCGUGUCUGCAUGGUAAAUCUUCCAACGAUUCUUGCGCAGUUUGCCACUUUUGCGACCUAUGCUGUGGUUGCGAAGGUGCAAGGAACUGAUGGUCUUUCCGUCUCACAAGCCACCACGGCCCUUUCACUGAUAAACCUGCUAAUCAGUCCUCUCAUGCAUCUAUUGAUGGCAGUCCCAGACACGUUCGCAUCAGUAGGAUGUCUGUAUCGAGUGCAGGAAUUCUUGAGACGUCCAAAUAUUGUUGAAAGAAGAAAACUGCUCCAACCGGAAGAAGACACUCCUGCCUUAUCUACCAAUUCGUUCGAAUUUGAACUCGGGGCUAGGGGAACUUCCUCAGCGAACCAAUCUGACAUGCUGAUCUCCCUGCGAAAUGUCCGGUUUGGUUGGAAUAGCUCUCCGUCGGAUAGUACUGGUAUUACACUCAAUCUGAGUCCCUCGCCCUUGGGUAAUCUGGUUGCAAUUGUCGGUCCUGUGGGAAGCGGAAAGUCCACGUUCCUCAAAGGCCUUGCAAAUGAGACGUCCGUUCUCGAUGGCGAAGCCUUCAUCAAGUACCCAGACCUGGCUUUCUGUGAGCAAACUCCAUGGCUAACCAAUACAACAAUCCGGGAAAACAUCAUUGGAGAUAAUUCAUCCGCUGCGUUUGACGCUAAUUGGUAUUCGACUGUGGUGAGCGCCUGUGCGCUGGAUUCUGAUCUUAAGAAGAUGCCAGCGGGUGAUCAGACGUCUGUGGGUAGCAAAGGCACCAAACUCAGUGGAGGGCAAAAGCAAAGAAUUGCCAUAGCACGAGCUGUCUAUGCUCGGAAGCGAAUUGCGUGCUUCGAUGAUACUUUGAGUGCUCUUGAUAAUGCAACUGCUCGACUAGUAUUCAACAAUGUCUUUGGUCCGCUCGGGCUGCUGCGUCGACUGGGCUGUACUGUAUUCCUCGCGACUCACAAUGUUCAAUAUCUACCGCACGCCGACUUUAUAGUCGUACUUGGAGAGAAUGGCAAUCUUUUGGAGCAGGGCAGCUUCUCUCAGCUUCUCAGCCAUACAGGAGGAUAUGUUAACCGACUGGGUAUCCGACCAGGACAGAUCGAGAAAGAAGAGAUGCAGAAUGACAAUACGACCGGGCUUCCAGAGACCGAGGGAAUCAUGGCGAGCGGCAUAUCCACUCCGGGUUUUACCGAUGAACGCCGAAAGACGUCUGAUUUCACUGUUUACAAGUACUAUUUCUCUGCCAUGGGGUGGACCCGAGUCUGUGUGUUUACUUUCUUACUGGUGGUGAAUGGUGGCAUUGGUGGACUCCGCAAUGCUUGGAUUGGGAUGUGGUCCUCUAGCCCCGACAGCACUUCAAGCUCGGGAUUGGGUUAUUGGCUUGGACUAUAUGGGGCAUUCUCUUUCAUCGAAGCCGCUUCGAUGGUUCUUGUGGUAUACUGGACCUGGGUCGUGAUUGUACCGGCUGCAUCGAAAAAUGUUCAUGCUACUGUGUUGCAAACUUGCAUGGGUGCUCCUUUGUCCUUCCUAUCUCACGUAGAUACGGGCUCUCUCAUCACCCGUUUCAGCCAAGACAUGAGGCUGGUGGAUAUGAUCCUCCCUCGAGGUUUCAUCAACACAGGAUUCCAAAUCGCUGGUACCCUUGCACAAACCGCAAUUGUCAUAGCUUCAUUGCCAUAUUUGGCUAUAGCCCUGCCCUUCCUAGUUGGGGCAUUAGUCCUGGUUCAGCGCUUUUACCUGCGCACAUCUCGCCAGUUACGGCUGCUAGAGAUCGAGCUCAAAAGCCCCCUUUACACUCAUUUCAUUGAAUCCCUCGCCGGUGUUGUUACCAUCCGUGCCUUUUCAUGGACUACCGCGUCUAAAUCCAAAAUGCUGUAUUUACUUGAUAUGUCCCAACGGCCCUUCUAUCUCCUGCUGUGCAUUCAGCAAUGGCUCGGUCUGGUGCUAAAACUCAUGGUGACCGGCAUGACGGUCAUUAUGGUUGGGGCUGCUGUAGCUCUGCGCGGAAGAGUGAGCCCCGGUCUGUUGGGUAUUGCGCUGAUCGGGAUGAUGGAUCUGGGAGAUGUCCUCUCAUACUUGAUCCAGAGCUGGACCCUCCUGGAAACGUCUUUGGGUGCGAUUUCCAGGAUUAAGGAGUUCUCGGAAGAUACCCCAAGUGAGGAACAAUAUGCAGCCUAUGAGAAGUUGCCAGACACCGAAUGGCCAACUAGGGGUGAUAUCUCAUUUGUUGGCGCAGACAUUUCAUAUGAGACUGAGAAUGCAGAGCCCGUCUUGCACAGUAUUCGUCUGGAUAUUCGUGCUGGGGAGAAAGUUGGGCUGUGUGGUAGGACCGGAAGUGGCAAGAGCACCCUGGCUCUAUCACUACUACGCCUUAACGAGGUGGUUUCUGGCCAGAUCCUCAUUGAUGGAAUCGACAUAUUGACGAUUCCUCGACCAUUGAUUCGGCACCGGAUCAGCUCUCUCAGUCAAGAAGCCUUCCUUUUCCCGGGCACCAUUCGGCAAAACGUCGAUCCUUUAGGCAUUGCCACCGAUCUCGAUAUCACCGAAGCUCUGAAAUGUGUCGAAAUCUGGAAUGCUCUUGUGUCUGCGACGAAUAGCAACGACAACAGCGGAGCGUUGCUAGAUGCAAUACUGACUGACACGACUUUAUCUGAAGGCCACAAACAGCUAUUUUGCCUAGCAAGGGCGCUUCUCAAGAAGAGUAAUAUUCUCAUACUAGAUGAGCCGACAAGCAGUCUGGAUGCAGAGACAGAUGCCAAGGUCCAGAAAGUCAUUCGCCAGGAGUUCCAGAACUGCACUAUCAUUAUGGUUGCGCAUAGAGUUCAUACCAUGCUCGACUUUGACCGUGUGGUUGUUCUGGAUAGUGGUCGAAUCAUAGAAGAAGGACAUCCCUCGGAACUGCUGACGGACAAAGAAGGCGUAUUCUCGAGUCUGCAUCGUCUGGAGCAGUCAACAGGAAGUAAAUGGGAUCUCUAA